AUGCUGCCUCCGCCAAUCGACCCCACGACAGUCAUCCAUCUCGCGGCCCUGUGGAAUUGGAACAGACUGCAGCGAACGAUCGACCGUCGAGUCUACAUCCGAGCCGAACGGGUGGCAUUCAUCCGCCCCGAGCGCUGGGAGCCAUGGAACGACGACCGGCUACCUCCGGUGCGAUUCCUUGAAUAUUUCAGAAUGUCCCGGGCCGAUUUUGCAUGGCUUUGUGAAGAGCUGCGGGGGACUUUGGACCAGGAUCACCUCCGCCAGGGAGCUCCUUUAACCGUCGAGGCGCAAGUUGCGGUAGGCCUGUAUCGUUUGGUAUUGAAGUCCCAUAAGGCCUGUACAGGCGAUUGGAUAAGAAAUUCUUACAUAUUUCCGUCUUCAAACAACCUCCUGGAGGUUGUUUGA